AUGCAUAAAAAAAUGUCGGUCAAGUGGAAAUUAAAUAAUGGAUUACAAGCAGCAGCUGCCCUUUUGGGUCUGAUUGCACUUAUGAUGGAUAUAACAACAGUGCAGGCUGUACGUGUUAGUGGACAACGCGGCAAAGAUCAAACACCCGCGGCUUCGCUAUUCACACCACGCAUUGCGACCACAUCACCACUGGACUCGCCCUUCUACUCUGCCACACAUGGCGUUGUACAAACACAUCCGUCGCUGGGUUCAAGUAUACCCAGUCCAUUGCCGUUGAAUGGCAAUAGUUUGGGUAGUGGUGGCGGUCUGUCAAAUACGCUUACCGUCGGUAGUGGUUACCUUAAUUCACGUGCUAAUUUGCCUAAAUUCAAUACCGCACGUUAUCCGCAAAUUGCGAAUACUGUUGUUGAUCCUAAUCCGCAGUCACCGUUCCGUCAUUUGGAUUUCUCCACUAGUGCCACCGCUGAGCUGAGACGUAAUCCAACGUUAUCGGCGCCGGAUGAGUGUGCGCGCGCCUGUCGUGAGGGUGAGCCGCCACGCAUUUGUUAUUAUCAUUUCACAAUGGAGUUCUAUACUGUGUUGGGCGCCGCCUGCCAGGUUUGCACACCAAAUGCCACCAACACAGUCUGGAGUCACUGUCAAUGUGUGCUGGCCGAUGGUGUUGAACGUGGUAUACUCACAGUGAAUCGUAUGAUACCCGGUCCUAGCAUACAGGUGUGUGAGAAUGACAAAGUUGUUAUCGAUGUGGAGAAUCAUAUGGAAGGUAUGGAGACAACAAUUCAUUGGCACGGCAUUUGGCAACGUGGAUCACAAUAUUACGAUGGUGUGCCAUUCGUAACACAGUGUCCGAUACAGCAGGGCAAUACAUUUAGAUACCAAUGGACCGGCAAUGCAGGUACACAUUUCUGGCACUCUCAUCAUGGUCUACAAAAAUUGGAUGGUAUUUAUGGCAGUAUUGUCGUACGUCAACCACCAUCCCGUGAUCCCAACUCGCACUUAUACGAUUUCGAUUUGACAACACACAUUAUGUUGAUUAGUGAUUGGUUGCAUGAAGAUGCCGCUGAACGUUAUCCUGGGCGUUUGGCUGUCAAUACCGGACAAGAUCCCGAAUCAGUGCUUAUCAACGGCAAAGGUCAAUUCCGUGAUCCCAACACCGGCUUCAUGACCAACACACCAUUGGAAAUUUUCACCAUUACACCAGGACGUCGUUAUCGUUUCCGUAUGAUUAACGCUUUUGCAUCCGUGUGUCCAGCACAAGUGACAAUUGAGGGUCAUACAAUGACAGUGAUUGCUACAGAUGGUGAACCAGUGCAUCCGGUUGAUGUGAAUACGAUUAUUUCAUUCUCAGGCGAACGCUAUGACUUCAUUAUCAAUGCCAAUCAACCUGUCGGCGCUUACUGGAUACAGGUGCGCGGUUUGGGUGAAUGUGGCAUUCGUCGCGCACAACAGUUGGGUAUUUUACGUUACGCUCGCGGCCCCUAUCAACCCGCAUCGGCUCCACCAACUUAUGAUGUUGGCAUACCACAGGGUGUGGUUAUGAAUCCCCUCGACGCUCAAUGUAAUACGCCAAGAAACGAUGCUGUUUGUGUAAGUCAACUGAAGAGCGCUUUGGAAAUUGAUCGUGGCAUUUUAGCGGAGAAACCCGAUGUGAAGAUCUUUUUGCCUUUCCGUUUCUACGUUUACCGUCCUGAAGAAUUGUUCCAGCCGAAUACCUACAAUCGUUAUUUGGUUGCACCCACUGGCGAUCACGUCAUCUCACUGAUCGAUGAGAUCUCGUAUUUGUCACCACCAGCGCCGCUUACCUCACAAUUCCAUGAAAUUAAUCCUGAACAGUUUUGUAACGGUGAUAAUCGCCCAGCGAAUUGCGGACCAAAUUGCAUGUGCACACAUAAAAUCGAUAUACCAUUGAAUGCGAUCGUGGAAAUGGUGCUAGUUGACGAAGUUCAACAACCCAACUUGUCGCAUCCCUUCCAUUUGCAUGGCUACAGUUAUAGCGUUAUCGGUAUUGGUCGUUCGCCGGACACCAGCGUCAAGAAGAUUAACUUGAAACACGCCUUGGACUUGGAUCGUCGUGGUCUGUUGCACCGUCAAUACAAUUUACCACCAUCAAAGGAUACAAUACCAGUGCCAAAUAAUGGUUAUGUUGUAUUGCGUUUCAGAGCGGACAACCCCGGUUUCUGGUUCUUCCACUGUCACUUCCUCUUCCACAUAACAAUCGGUAUGAAUCUUGUUUUACAAGUAGGCACAAACGCCGAUUUGCCACCAGUGCCACCAGGCUUCCCAACGUGUGGCGAUCACAAGGCGCCCAUACCGAUUAAUUAAACAUAAUAUAACCUUAAAGGUGCCAAAUUCUUUCUAGACUUCAUCUAGCGUAUAGAAAGUAUAACAGAAAAUAAAAAUCUUAGUAAAAUAUUAUUAUAAACAAGCCACAA